AAAUAUGGAGGCGACAGAAAACGAAACAGGACAUCGCAAAUUUUACAGCAGUGGACAACCUUUCCGUUCGAAAAAGUGUAAUUUUGACAGAUUUAUACCUUAUCGUCCGAAUUUAGAUAUCAACAAGUCACAUACAAAAUUACUGUCUCCAGUGAAACUUUCUCAGAAAGAACCCGGACAAUACAAGGAUAAACAAAAAGUGUUUUAUAACAAAUUAUUAUCUGGUGCAUUCGAUUCCGAGGAACCUAGAAUUCUACCAACGAUCCAAAGAAAUGAUUCAGGAUAUUCAAGUAAUGUUGUCUAUAUGUUCCAUCUUAUUCUAGGUCCAACUACACCACUACACUCACCAUUUUUUGAUUCUACAAUGGACAAAGUAUUUGGUUCCCCUGAAUGUAAAGAAGAUAGAAGAAGGGUUGUUACAUCUCCAUCCUGUAUCAUGGAUAUGCCUUGUUUAAGGAACGAUUUUUAUACAAACGUGUUAGACUGGGGUUCUACAAACCAGAUAGCAGUAGCGUUACAACAUAUAACGUACAUAUGGAACGCUGAUACUAAACGGUGUAUACAGAUAGAAGUCAAGUCUGGAGACGUAGACAAUUAUUACGUGUCUUCUUUGUCCUGGAAUCCAGGUGGUAAAUUUGUAGGGAUUGCUGAUAAUAGCGGAGAAGUCAUGAUAUGUGACCCGGAACAAGCUAAAAUAAUACAACAAACACCCCUCAAAUAUAACGCACCUAUUGGGGUCAUGCGGUGGACACACCAUGGUAUAUUCUGCGGCAACAGAAACGGAUCAAUUGUAUUACUGGACCCUCGAACCCCCAAUAUGGUGGUGGCUGAAUUUCUUGGACAUAAAAGAGAGGUCUGUGGAUUAGAAAUAGCAGACGGUACAAAUUACAUGGCUAGUGGAGGCGAUGAGGGAAUAGUUUAUAUUUGGGAAUUAAGAACAAUUAAAUGUUACAGGGAAAUCAAUGCUCAUUCUGCAUGUUCAAAGGCUUUAUCUUGGUGUCCAUGGAGAAAAAGCGUCAUAGCUACGGGUGGUGGAUCGAGUGAUGGGUAUAUCAAAUUGUGGCAUGUACAUACGGGAGAAAAAAUGGCGGAAAUAUACACAAAAUCACAGAUUUGCAGUCUGUUGUGGUCAGAAAAUUAUAGGGAGUUAGCAUCAGGACAUGGUUCAAUGAAAGCCGAUGAUAAUGAUAUAAUUCUGUGGAGAAUGAACCGGUUUGAGUUUUCUCCCUUGGCAAGAUUGAGUCAACACUUAGGAAGACCCCUUCAUAUGUCACUUAGUCCUGACAAAACCACAGUCGCUUCCGCUGGAGCUGACGAGGCAUUGUGUUUAUGGCAGUGUUUUCCGGUACAAAGACGGAAUAGAAGGGAUGGGAGAGACUCGUCACCAUUGACAUUAGGAAGAAGUAUUAGAUGAACACUGUAUGGAUAUAAAGGGAAGUAAAACAACCUUGGGGAGCCGUAAAGACGAAAUGGAAGAAUGGAAAUGUUGACAAGAAAUUGUACCUAUCAUCUUUUAUAAGUCCUUAGACGAAUUAUUUCCCCUUUCUUUGUUUUGCUGGAAAACAUUUGUCUCGAGAAAUUUACGACCGUUUUCCAUUUCGAGUUAA